CUGAGGGCUGAGGACAUGGUGGGACAGGUGAACGAUGUUUGGGGAUUAGGAUGUCUCUUGUAUGAAAUAGUUACCGGAAAACCAGUCUGGCAUGAGCAUCGACAUCUUCUUGAUGAGGAUUUGCAUGUGUUGCUGGGGAAAGACCCAAUACCUGCAAUGCCCAGUACUUAUUCAGAACUUCUGCCUCUGUUUGGCACAUGCUGGGAGACUGAUUGGACCAAACGUAAAACAGUGGCAGAUCUGGAGCUACUUUUGGCUGAAGUCUAUGUGUGA